AUGGUAGCCCCAGGAUUGGAUGAGUAUGCUGCCCUCUCGGUUAUUGCAUUUUAUCUCACGUACAAGCUGUACUCUUUCGUCACCGCACUUGGCCUAUUCAUCACUGUUGCAGCGUUAGCCGUCAUGGGUAGGAAGUCCGAUAUAGAUAUGUUAUCUUGUCUUCGGAAAGACUUACUGGAAAAGACAGGGAGUUCCUGUCCAAGCCCUAACAUUCUGACUGGAAAUGCAUUCGAAUACGAGAAGGGACUUCAUGUGCUGGAUGAAAGAUUUAUUGCCGCCUAUGGCAAGACAUACGGGUGGUAG